GAGGAGGAGGUGGUGGAGGUGGAGGAGGAGGUGGUGGUGGUGGAGGAGGAGGUGGUGGUGAUGGUGGAUAUGCAGGAAGUGAUGGACGCCAUUCGCCAAUUGUGGAAUUGGAGCGUGAGAGGCGGCAAUACGGUGGUUCUAGCGCUUAUACAAAUCACCACGAGGACACAGAGCGAGAUGGCAGGCAGUAUUCUGUUGGCGGCAAUGACGCGGAUCCAAUGCCGCCGGAAGCUGCGCCCCGCAAGCCUCAGCCUUACUCCUUACAUCCGGAGGCGGGCUCCCGUCAAUCGCAGCAUUAUUCCGUGCAACCCGAGCCGUCUAUGCCCCAGCAGCAGCCGCAGCCGCAGCAGUAUUCGGCGCCACCAGAACCGGCUCCUGUGCCGCGUCAAUCGCGACCAUACGCUAUGCCUGCGGAAGUCAACAAGCGCAAAUCUCAGCAUUUUUCCACACAGCCUGAGGAUUACUUAAUACCCAAAGAAGCUGCACCGCCGCGUCAAUCCCAGCCAUAUUCCAUGCAGCCUGAUGCUACUUACUCGAUGCCUCCAGAAGCCGCGUCUCGUCAGUCGCAGCCAUAUUCCAUGCAUUCGGAACCGGAAUAUCACUCGCCGCCUCCUCCGGAAGCCGCACCCCGUCAACCGCAGCCGUACUCGAUGCACCGGGAGCCAAGCUAUGAUAUGCCCCCGGAAGCCGCAUCUCGCCAGUCGCAAUCGUAUUCCAUGCACCCGGAACCGGCAUACUCGCCUCCGCCACCAGAAGCUGCUCCUCGCCAAUCUCAGCCUUAUUCCAUGCAUUCGGAGCCGGCGUACAGUAUGCCCCAGGAAGCUGCACCGUCGCGUCAAUCUCAGCCGUAUUCGAUGCAGCCGGACCCGGCGUAUAGUAUCCCCGUGGAGACUACGCCCCGUCAGUCGCAACCUUACUCGAUGCAUAAGGAACCGACCUACGAUAAGCCGCAGGAAGCUGCUCGCCAGCCGCUGCCUUACUCCAUGCAUCAGGAACGUGAGUACUCGCCCCCUCCUCCGGAAGCUGCACCCCGGCAAUCGCAACCGUAUUCCAUGCACCGGGAGCCGAGUUAUGACAAGCCGCCGGAGGCUGCUACUCGUCAACCGCAGCCGUACUCCAUGCAUCAGGAACCGGAAUAUUCGUCGCCUCCUCUGGAAGCCGCUCCCCGUCAAUCUCAGCCGUAUUCUAUGCAGCCGGACUCGGCGUAUAGUAUCCCCGUAGAGACUACGCCCCGUCAGUCACAGCCUUACUCGAUGCAACCGGACCCAGUGUAUUCCAAAUCCUCGGAACCUGCGCUCCGUCAGCCGCAGCCUUAUGUCGUGCGUUCAGACUCUUACUCGUCGCAGCAAUCGUACUCGAAGGCCCCAGAGACUACACCCCGUCAAUCGCAGACAUAUUCAAGCCCGACAUCAACGGCAUCUAGGCGUGCUAACCAAUUCGCCUACUCUUCUGACCGGCCACACUCCCGGGAUGAUCUGCGGCCGUCGAAGUCACCUGGUGUCACUCAGUCCCCGCGACAGCCUCCUCCACCUCCACCCCCGGAGUCGCCGCAUUACACGCACUCACACUCCAGUAGAGUUCCGGAAUCGCCGCAAUACGCGCAGUCGCAGUCCAGUAGCACUAAAUCACAGCACUCGGUGCCUGCAACUUCUCGGUUUGACGCACCGGCUCCAAGCGAACCUGCGCCGCCCUCCCCAACUCAAGACGGUUUUGCGCAGCAGAGUUUGGUUCAUCGUCCAACCACUCCAUCAUCCGAGUAUCUGUCCGAUCUGAUCCCCGCUUGCCCGAAACGUCGGCCAGUUGCUAAAGGUGUUUGGUACGGAGUACCUGGCAUUACAAACUUCCACGUUUGCGAGAGGUGCUACGAGCUUCACGUCUACGACACGGCCUUCAUAAAGUACUUUUCCGAAAUCAAGCUGGCUGAUGGUCAGAAGACAUUCUGCGCGUUCAAUACACCCCGCGUCUUGAACUAUGUUUGGCCAAAGACCAUCGAGGAAAAUGUGUUUGAGAUUUUCAAAAGCUACGCCGCGGGCCGAUCGUCGAUUGGCACCUGUACAGGCAUGGAUGCCUCGGCCAAGAAGGGUGUGUGGUACACGAUCAAGAACAGUCCUCGGGGCGGGUUCAUCGCCUGCCAGGCUUGUUAUCAGGAUGUGAUCUUGGCGACUCCGUUUCACGGCUACUUUGGUCCGCUCGAAGCCACCGUUUCCGAAAACACCAUCUCAUGCCAUGUUACUUGGCCCUUCAUCGAGGCGCGUUUGCUGAACACGCCGACAUCGAGUUGGGACGAGAUCCAGCGUGACAUUGAGUAUAGGCUGCUCAAAGUUCCCGCGUGUCCGGGGGACAAGCUGAUCAAGGAUACGGGCCGUCGGUGGUGGAAGCCGAAGGGGACAGUGAUGCCGCUGUACAUCUGCGACUGCUGUUACUGGGACGGCAUUUACCCGACGGUUUUCAGUGGCGAGUUCGAUCUGGUGGUGCAGAGCCGCAAGCAGGCCUGGUGUUGUGCCAUGAGUGGUUACCAACUCAGCACCGUCUGGCAGCAUGCUGCGGAGAAGAAGGAAUUCAAUAACUGGCUGGAAGCCGCCAACGCUGCACUCUCACCGAUGUGCCGCUUCGAAGGAUCCUCAGGUCAGAUCUGGAACGUCUUCAAGGACCCCACCCUGGAUGGCUUCGACUUCUGUGAGCGCUGCACGGACGUAUUCAUCCGUCCCCUGGGCUUCGGCAACCGUCUCGAGAAGCGUCGCUACUCGGCAGAGGAAAUCAUCAAGUGCGAUCUCAACCCCGCGAACGAAUACCAGUCCGCGCUCCUCCGUGAACUCGGCGAAGCCGCCGCCUGGCGCGACUUUGGAAUCGUCAAGAAGUACCUCAGCCAGCUCGCUCCACAGGUGUACAAGCCGCCGGCGUGCCCGGGUGAGCUCGUCGUCAGCAGGUCCAGGUGGUGGGGCUGUCAGGGCUUCAACGUCUGCGAGGAGUGCUGGCUCGAGCGCGUCAAGUCCAGUCCAUUCGCACCCUUCGUCAAAGAAUUCGACCUCCAGGGCGAGCCCGAGGAGCUCUCGUGCGAUCUCGGAACUCCCGAUUGGCGCUACAUCUGGCAGAAGCGGUGCGAGCGUAGGGAUUUCGAUAGCUUCAUCGAAGCUAUCACCCUCAAGAAUAAACUCGACGAUGUACGGUUGCAGCGUGUGGAGACGAUGGAGGAGAUGCGCGAGAAGAGCCGCCGUGGCCUGUUUCCUGACGAGAGGAGGCGCCUUCAGGGCCUGCUCAAUAUGCUCCAGGAGGAGGAGAGAGAUACGACCAAUAUGCUGGCGGUUUUGACGAGGGUGUAGUUUACUAUGGCUUUGUGCUUGUGCUUGUGCUUAUGGUGUUUCUUUUCAAUUUUAUGCUGUUCUUUUUUGUUUAUUAUUUUACUUUGGGGGGGGGGUCCGGCGUGGCUUUUAAAAUAUGGAUUUGGU